AUGACAGCCACUCCUAUGGCCAAUCUUGGCAAUAUCGCCCGCGCUGAGUACAAGGCGCUAUUCGAUACAGAAGUUGCCAAAGGGAUCAGAGAACCACUUGUUCUUCCUUUCUGUCUUUUCGGUCCUUUCAUUUUGCCUGUCGUCUAUUUGGCAAUCCCACAUCGAAACCAGCCAUGGCUUUACCACGCAAGAUGGCUUGUCGUGGCUUUUGUCGUUGCGUUCGAUGCUUAUAUGAUUCGGUAUAUGUCUAGCUACAACGUCGCUCCAGCAUAUGCGUCAGGUCUCAUGGGCGGAUGGGGUAUCUUGACGACUCUGAAUCUUUUGGUUUGGACCGAUCCGCAACUCAACUAUGCCAGGGUUGUCAAGAUUCUCAAGGGCAACAAGUCGCAAGCAUCGUCAAAACAGCUGCCCAUCAAUGUUGCCAACGGAUCAAGGCAAGAAAGCGUGAUUCGACAGCGAAAACCUUACCACGAAGACAUUGGACUUUCAGGUGAAGCUGAAACCCAUGUCAAGAAUGGGAGCUCCAAAGAUGUGGUUUACGCCUGGCAGAAAUUUCCUGAAAACGGAUCGUUCGGUGAACGACUUAACUGGACACUCGACCUUGCUACAAACUUUAGGGAAAUCGGCUGGAAUCGUUCUAUCUCUUCCGUGCCAAGACCAGAUAUCCCAAGCAAUAUCCGCGAUGGUGAUCCUGUAUCCUUCGACAACAUGCUCAUUGUGUCUAAAAGUGGCUACUAUCGUAAUUUGACCGAGAAGGAGUUCGUAUGGAGCCGUAUUCGCAGAGUCCUCUUCCUCACUUUUCUUUUGGACCUUUGCUCUGUUAUGAUGGUCAAGGAUCCCUACUGUGCCUAUGGACCUGAUCAAGAACUUGAGCUCCCUUUGUUCCUCCGGCAGCUUCCUCCUUGGUUGCGCUUCAUCUAUCGCGAGCUCCUUUGUCUUGUUGGUAUCUAUGCUGCCAUCGAUGCCAUUUUUAGCUUGCAUGACCUUUUUCAGUUCUACGUUUUCUCCUACUUUUAUCCCAUGCGAAGAGAGUUAUGGCAGUACACCAACGUCUUCGGUCCUAUCUCGCAGGUGCUUGAUAGAGGCCUUGCUGGUUGGUGGGGGGCGUUCUGGCAUCAAACCUUUCGUCUUCAGUUUCUUGCGCCCGCAAAGUUCCUCGUUGACCAUGGCUAUCUUCAAAGGGGAACACUACGUGCUCAAAUAUUUACCAUGAGUUUAUCCUUCAUACAGUCCGGUUUACUUCACGCCGGUGGAAGUCUAUCGUCUAUGCCAACCACAAAACCCUGGAGAAGUCCGCUCUUCUUUGCUCUACAACCUCCUGGCAUUAUUUUGCAGCUUAUUUUGCUGCAGACUUGGGACAAGCAUUUCCCCAACUUCCCUCGCAGACUCCGCCAGGCAUUCAACAUGGUAUUCACUCUGGGCUGGCUCUGUCUGACCGCGUUUUUCUUUACCGAUGAUAUUUCAUCUUCGGGUAUUUGGCUUCUGGAACCUGUGCCGAUAUCCCCUCUGCGCUGGCUUGGUUUCGGUCACCCAGAUGAUCAUUGGUGGCGAUGGAGGAGAUGUAUGUUCCCGAUCUGGCAUGCAGAUAAAUACUGGUGGAAGAGUGGUAUACAACUUUGA